CUCUACAACAACAACUACUCUGUACUACGAGGUACUUCCUUCCAAACGCUGACUAUUAUAGUGUAUUAGCGUUAGACUGGCUUUCGCGUGCGCGUGUAUGACUAAUAAACUUUUUACUUUCAGUUUUACGGAAAAGUUUUUUUUCAAAAUUACGAUGUUCGAAUUAUUCCCCUUGCAGUACUAUGAUCCGACAAUGUACCACUGCAAUACUCUGUCUGCUUCGGUCAAUUUUGGUCGAGCAGACUAUACAGCUUAUUUACGAAUUUCCUUGCAAGAGCGCUUUGCACGUGUCUAGAAAAGUUCCAAAGAACCAUAAAGGUCUUCGAUAGUUCUUGCCAGAAUUCGAAGUACCUUGACAACACAUUAAAAGGUUCUCUGUAAUUUAUCCCAGAACAUUAAAAUCACUGCUGCUCUCUGGUGCGCUUCGAUUUGGAUUGUCAAUUUUAUUAUAUUCGUAUUUUUUUCCGGACCGAAAGUGUGGUUUGUUGAGGGUUUCACGGUUUUAUCACUGUUGUAUUCAUAUUAAUUUUUGCACUGAUUUAUUCUCAACGGUCAAAUGGCGGAUUCCGGGGGCGGCGGGCGCUUCGCUAAUUUCAGCGUAAAUCAACGCUGGCCUAACCACAUUAACAUCGAUGUGUUCCGGCAGACUCUGUGUCAGGCCUCCGACGGUGACCUUUUCUUACGCUGCAACGAACUGCAAGAGCGCUAUUCGCGUCUCAAUUGUGCCAUCCGCGAGGGCAAAGCGUUGAAAUUAGAGCUGACCCGGCAGUGUAGCGAUCACAUUUAUCAUCUCGAAACGUUUGAGGAAGAAAUUAAGCAGCUGGAAAGUGCUGUACAGGAGAAGCAAAUCAAGGUGGAGGAGAACAAGCAAACUGCCACCCAGUACAGCUGUGAAGCCCAUCUACUGAUGAACCAACCGCCACCCAAGCUCCCACCGCCCGAGGAUACCUCAAUCGCCGGUGACCUGGCCAGGCUGAGCGAUCAGAUCUUUGAAAUGUAUGCAGCACUGUUGGUGUUGCGCGCCGGUGAGAUCGUGCUCUUCGAAGACAUGAAGAGUCAGAUCGAGAAACGUCCCGCCUGCACGCGCAAUGUCAAGCAUCAGAUUAAGGAGCUGCGUAAAAAGAUUCGCGAGUACGAGCACACUAUUCUUAAUCUGACCAACGAGCAGAAGAAGUGGAAGGGAACACUGAAAGCCGGCAAGCUGAAUAUCUGUCGCCGCGCCAGGGUGCAACAUAACGGUUUGAAGGAAGAGGCGGGCCGACUGAAGCGGACUAUUGAGCUGUUUGAUGAGGAGAAGGCUAAAUUAGGAAUUAUUACGCGAAAUCUCGAGGAUGCACUCAACACAACACUAGGUGAGCAAGAGCUAGCGGACCUAAUGGAGCACUUUGAGCCUUUAGUUGACCCCAACAACCAGAUCCACACCGCCGGAGAACAGGCUGGUACCAACGGCAAGAACCUCUUCAAGCAGCCAAAACCCGCCGCAUCCACUAUGUCGGGCAUGCGCCGCAUGUCUGGCGUAGCGGCCACCUCUGUAGAGCAAGCCGAAAAGGUCAACCAGCUGCAGAAAAUGUGGCUGGAUAGCGUGGCCACCCGUGUGAAAAUGGAAGGCAACGUGAUGCGCGGUAACUUCGAUAUCGAGCUGCUGGAAGCGGCGCUGACUGCAGAAAGCUACUACGACAACAAGAAGCCGGACUGUGAACGCCGAAGGAUGGUCCGCACCAUCGUGGCUAAGGCGGUUAGUGAUGAAUUGCUGGGAUUCAAAGAGGCUGACCUAGCCGAAUACUUCGAUCCGGAUGUGAAGUUCCCGGGCAGAAACCGCUGUAUGGAAGUGCAUUAAAGCACCCCACUGAAAGCGAUACUGGGGCCUUAUUUUAAUUUUUUAACUGUGUUAUGCUUUUUGGCUAUGGGACCUACCAAACUGUAGCGCUGACACAAGUGUGGGUAUGUACAACACCAAUAAAAUUUGCAGCAGUUU